AUGGCGAUCAAUCAAAACCGAGAAGAGCAAGUCCCAGCCACCACUGACAAGUCCAACGUGGAUGUCAUGGCGUCGGUCCUUUCCGCCCUGACUGUACGUCAUCACGAUGAUCAUCUCGUGGCCCAACGACCCGCCGCCACGCUGAAAGAAGUCCUUGAGAAGAUCCGCGCCAACAAAGACCAGAUCCGAGAACUGGAUUUAGCGGACAUGGCAGCCAAGAAGCGCAAGUUGCGUCCAUCUGGUGGAGAUCUAGUGGGACGCGUCUUUCAGCUGAACCGCACAGUGCUGCGUUUGCUGCUACCAGGCCACGAGAUUGGAGAUGUAGGCGCCCAGUCCAUGGGGAACAUGCUCCGAGCGAACAAGACUUUGCAACAUCUAGACCUAAGGCGUAAUGAAAUCACGCCAGCUGGGGCUCGGGCACUUAGUAAUGCUUUGUAUGGUCAUGAUACAUUGGAGCAUUUGGGUCUCUCCAGCAACCAGUUGGGCGACGAUGGCGCUAAAGCUGUAGCUCAAGUGCUGCCUUAUAACAUUUCAUUAAAGUGCUUGGGUCUCGCCAAUAACAACAUUGGCGAAGAAGGAGCGCUGGUCGUGAAUAAACUCAUGCAGAAGAAGGCUCAAAGGGACGAGGAAAAGGAGCUAAAGCUGGACGAGGAAAGGCUUACGGAAGACGAGAAGGAACAGGCGGUGUCGAGUCUGAAUGAGGACAUCAGCUCUAGUAGCCGCGACGAGGAAGACGAAUCGCUGUGGAUUUAG